AUGGGGGCAGACGAGCUGGCAAAACAGUCAUCGACAGAAGCAGGACCAAUAAGUAAAGAUCUUAAGAUUGAAAUCCAGAGAUGCCCCAAUAUCGAAGAAGUCCACACCUUCAUAAUCCAGAGAGAAAGCAACUGGAUGACCUCGAUCUUAUCAUUCCUUCAAGAAGGAUUGCUCCUGCAAGACGUUGAAGAGGCAAGGAAGGUCAGGAAAAGGGCAGCAAGGUUCAGGAUUUUGAACGAUACCUCGUACAAGAAAGGCUUCUCCAUGCCCUACCUGAGGUGUGUCAACAAGGAAGCCAAAUAUAUUCUAAUGGAGAUCCACGAAGGAAUUUGCAGAGAUCAUGCAGGCCCAAGAUCCCUGAUUGGCAAAGUUAUCCGAAUAGGUUACUUCUGGCCUACUCUGUAG